GCAGCCGCACUGCACGCGGGCUGGGCCGACGGGGGAGCUCAUAGGCCAGGCUCUGAGACCCAGGCAGGGCCUGGGGUGGGACGAUGGCAGGUGGGGGCAGCGACCUGAGCACCAGGAGGCUGAACGGAUGUGUUUCACGAGUAGCAAAUGAGAUGAACCAUCUUCCCGCACACAGCCAAAGUCUGCAAAGGCUGUUCACGGAAGACCAGGUUGUAGAUGAGGGACUUGUCUAUGAUACUGUAUUCAAGCACUUCAAAAGACAUAAGCUGGAGAUUUCAAAUGCAAUAAAAAAGACAUUUCCGUUCCUCGAAGGCCUCCGCGAUCGUGAACUCAUCACAAAUAAAAUGUUUGAAGAUUCUCAAGAUUCUUGUAGAAACCUGGUCCCUGUACAAAGAGUGGUGUACAAUGUUCUCAGUGAACUGGAGAAGACAUUUAACCUGCCAGUUCUGGAAGCACUGUUCAGCGAGAUCAACAUGCACGAAUACCCCGAUUUAAUUCACGUUUAUAAAAGCUUCAACAAUGCAAUCCAAGACAAAUUGUCUUUCCAAGAAAGUGAUCGAAAAGAAAGGGAAGAGAAGCCUGACAUCAAACUAAGUCUUGAACAAGAGCGACCAGCAUGUGAAAAUGAGAAGUGCUCCUAUGUCAUGUGUUUCUCAGAAGAAGUGCCAGAAAGCCCAGAAGCAAAGAAGGAAAGUGACCAAGCAUGUGGCAAAAUGGAUACUGUGGAUAUUGCAAACAACUCCACUUUGGGAAACCCCAAGAGGAAAACAAGUAAAAAGAAGGGGCAUGGCUGGAGCAGAAUAAAAAGGAGAAUGCAGAAAAAAAUCCAACAAAAUGAUAACAGCAAAGCUGAUGGCCAGCUGGUCUCGAGUGAAAAGAAGGCGAACGUGAAUCUGAAAGACCUUUCCAAGAUUAGGGGGAGAAAGAGAGGCAAACCUAGAACCCACUUCACUCAGAGUGACAGAGCUCCACAGAAAAGAGUCCGAUCAAGAGCUUCCAGAAAGCACAAAGAUGAAACCAUGGAUUUUCAGGCUCCUUUACUUCCAGUGACCUGUGGUGGGGUGAAGGGAAUUUUACAUAAGGAGAAAUUGGAACAAGGAACCUUGGUGAAGUGUAUACAGACUGAGGAUGGAAAUUGGUUCACCCCCAGGGAAUUUGAAAUCAAAGGAGGCUACGCAAGAUCAAAGAACUGGAGGCUGAGUGUGCGCUGUGGCGGGUGGCCCCUACAACGGCUGAUGGAGGAAGGAUCUCUCCCUAAUCCUCCAAGAAUAUAUUACAGGAACAAAAAGAGAAUACUGAAGUCUCAAAACAAUAGCUCAGUGGACCCUUGUAUGAGAAACUUGGAUGAGUGUGAGGUGUGCCGGGACGGAGGGGAGCUGUUCUGUUGCGACACUUGUUCAAGAGUCUUCCAUGAGGACUGUCACAUCCCACCCGUGGAAGCUGAGAGGACCCCGUGGAGUUGCAUCUUCUGCAGGAUGAAGGAGUCUUCAGGAAGCCAACAGUGUUGUCAGGAAUCUGAGGUCCUGGAGAGGCAGAUGUGUCCUGAGGAACACAUGAAAUGUGAGUUCCUCCUCUUGAAAGUCUAUUGCUGUUCUGAGAGCUCCUUUUUUGCCAAGAUUCCAUACUAUUAUUAUAUUAGAGAGGCGUGUCAAGGCCUGAAGGAGCCCAUGUGGUUGGAUAAAAUCAAGAAAAGGCUGAAUGAGCACGGUUACCCCCAAGUGGAGGGGUUUAUACAAGACAUGCGCCUCAUCUUCCAGAACCACAGGGCCUCUUACAAGUAUAAGGAUUUUGGCCAAAUGGGACUUAGACUGGAGGCUGAAUUUGAGAAGGAUUUCAAGGAAGUGUUUGCUAUUCAGGAAACAAAUGCAAACAGUUGACUGGUUUAGUGGAUGCUGAAGGCCUUCAGGAAAUAUGCCACUGGUUUGCCACUGACUUCAAACUGAGAUCACUUGGGAAAUAGUACAUGCAGGGAGGGGCUUUUCUCUGAGCCUCCCUCAUCUGCCCAAAAACAAAUCCUCAAAAGAAAUUUGAUCAUCAUGAAUCCCAUCCCCAAGAAUCUCAUCAACCAGGGAAGAGGAACUGAGAUCACAGGGAAGGAGAUUGGAGGUGAUACCAGCACAGAUAGACUCUCGCCUCUUCUGCUGAGGUCUGCUCCAGACAACAUUUAUUACUCACAAGACCUUUUUCCUCUGUUUUUUUUGAGACGGAGUCUCACACUGUCACCCGGGGUUGAAAUGCGAUGGCGCAAUCUGAGCUCACUGCAACCUCCGCCUCCUGGGUUCAAGUGAUUCUCCUGUCUCAGCCUCCUAAGUAGCUGGGAUUACAGUG